UGCUAUUCUAUUUAUUAAACCCGGUAAUACGCCUGAUCACCACUGGACGUCAGUAGAUUCCAGGUUGAAACUACAGUAGACUGUUUUUCCGUUGAAAAGUGAAACUAUCAAGAAAACUUAGUUCAGACAAAGAAAUUUCUCAGACGGCGUGAAGGAUGUGUGCUGCUAAAAUGACAGAAGGGAGCUUGCAUGUGGAAUCCUGCAAGGCCCCUAUGUUUUACAGACAAGCUGAACCGGCCACAGGUGAAGUACAUCUGUCUGUCCUGCUUCUGCACGGCAUCCGUUUCUCAUCUGAGAACUGGCUCAAUAUAGGAACAUUGGAGACAUUGGCCAAAGCUGGCUGUCGUGCAGUGGCCAUCGACCUACCAGGUUUUGGCCAAUCUAAGUCAGCAGUAGCCCCCUCUGCUGUAGGAGAGCUGGCCCCUGGUGGGUUCCUGAAGCAGGUGUGUGAGGCACUGGGGAUGGGGCCAGUGGUGGUGGUCAGUCCCUCCCUGAGUGGCAUGUACUCCCUGCCCUUCCUCUUCCAGCACGAGGCUCUGGUCCGGGCUUACAUCCCGGUGGCUCCCAUCUGCACUGAGAAAUUCACAGCAGAGCAGUACAGCAGCAUACAGACUCCAUCUUUGAUUGUCUAUGGAGACCAGGAUGCUCAGCUUGGAGAGGUUUCUCUGAACAACCUGAGGAGCCUGGCUAAUCACAAGGUUGCGGUGAUGAAAGGAGCAGGACAUCCGUGCUACCUGGACGACCCGGCCACGUGGCACAGAGCUCUCACUGACUUUCUCAAUACGUUGUGAUGUUGUUCAGUGUCUUUGGGAUAUCUGUCCAUGGAUGCAGCACUAUACGGCCAUUCCUAAUCCAACACUCCCAGCAUUUAGUUAUAUAAACAAAAUUGAUACUGUAUGUUUGUUAAUUUGUCAAAAGCUAGUCUAGAUUAUUAUUAUUAUUUUUUUUAAUCAAAGACUAGCGUGUGGUGUUUUGGAGGCCUGUAACUGUGGUUCAGUACAACUCGUUAUGCUCUUGCUAAUAUACUGUACUUGUACUGUGUGUGUGGCCUAUACAGGAUGUAUGUACCUGAUAUGAGUCCUAGUAUUACAAAUGCAAAAACAAACACCACACAAUGAAAUGAAGUGAAAAAUAUGAACAUUAUUUAAUAACUGAUUCUCUGUAAUAAACAAUUUGAAAAUA